AUGUCGAGUAUAGCAGCGAUAGAUUUGACGCAGGAAGACUCUGACAAUGCAGAGGACUUUCACGAAACAAAUGACUUUGAGGAAUCGAAACAUUCGAACGGAUCAGCAGAUGUCUCAUCGAUGGAACCAGUGGUCUCAGAGACUCCAGAACAAAAGAACGAUGAACAAGAGGCAAAUGAGAGGCCAUACGAUAGACCGAACGGUGUGAUACCUUUCGGUAGUUCGCGUUUAGAAGAAUCCAAGGCAAGAUCAUCUAUCAGCGAGGAACAGCAGCCACAGAAGCAGCAACGGCAGGGGCAGAAACUGCUUCUUCCCCUGAUAAGGGGUUCCAGAAAGUGGAAUCAGAGCUUCGACGGUGUACAGAGCCCGGAAGUGCCAGAUGCGAUUAGUAGUGGUAGCUCAAUUGAGUCACUAUUCAAGCGACAAAAGCUAGAUGUUGACGAGCCUCAAAUAAGACCAGAAAAUAUCAAUGAAGAUACGACCGAAAAAACGGGCUACGUCUCGCCGCUCAGUCUCACAUCACGCGAAAGUAGUCCAACAUACAAGCGUCGCUCUACAGGAGAGCUAUCGAAAGGUGAUGGAUUGGCAAACGAUAACGGAUUAAAUGGCGGUGUUCCUUCACAAGAAAUGGCUCUUUUGGCAAAUAAUAAAGACGAGCUGGGGCCACAAUUCCUACCACCAUCUGCGUCUGAUAACGCCUUCAACGAGAACCAGGCGCCCAUCAUUGUGCUUAGUGAUGAAGAAGACGAGCCAUCGUCUGUUAGCAAAAACAGAACCCAGGGAAUCGUUCAAGUCCCAUCAUCGGCAAAUGGUCUCGCAGCUGCUAAUGAUAAUGUCACAAAGUUAAGGGCAGUUCAUGAAAAGAACCUCAAAGUUAAAGUGUUGGGUGAUGAGGAAUUUGCCCGGUUAAAAAAUACUUGCCGAGAUACAAGAAUCAUAUUGCAGCGGAAGCUGCAAAAACGGGAGAGACUUAUAUUAGAGACUAAAGGCCUUCUGGAAUCGGCAUCAUCGGCUGAGGAGACCGCCUUAAUCGAAAAAGACAUACGCUAUAUCGAGGGGCGGAGAUCACAGACGUUAUUGAAGCUCCAUCAACUCGACAAUAAGGAAACACAAGCUGCAGAGCGAUACGGUAGGUUUUUGAACGGGCACGGAUCAAAGCUUCGACAAUCGCAGCUAGAUCUCCAAAACGCCCUGAGCAGCCGCAUAAAUUCGAACAUGGUAGAAAAAAGGGCCAAGCUCAUGGACGAACGAUCAAACAUUGAUCGUCUUCACAGAAAUGGCGCUAUAAAUGGGCACACAAUGAUCCAAAGAAAGGCAGCUAUCGAUAAAAUGCUAAAUGAACUACAGUCCACUCAAAGAGUUCCCGAGGCUUCGGCGACUGCGCAGUCCUCGGACAUAUAUUUCAGAUCUAUUGAAAUUGCGAUGAACCUGAUACAAAAGAACACGGUAAGAUCAGUUGAGAACAAAAAUUUGAUGACCCAUUAUCUAAACGUGGUGGCGCGUUUCAAAAGAACCAGCGACCGGGGGGAGCGGUUCGGUGCCAGUACAAAACACCAAGUUGAACGAGCAAUUACCGAAUUGAUAAGGCACGGAGUCAAGAUGCCCGCUGUUGUUGACUAUCUGAGAAAAUUGAACUUUAUCGUAUCUCCCGAAGAACUUCACAGGAAAUACUUUUCACACGGCACCGACAAGGGAGGCGAUGAUUUCCUUUCUGUGGAUAACAAAGCGGAUAAUGACAAUGACAUAUUAGAGCUUGUAAAACAUCAAGACGAGCAGCGGUCGACAAAUUCAUUUCAGCUCUCAAGUAUCUACAACAGUCAAGACAAUGAUAGUUUGCAAAAGUUAUUGGAAGGACUCAAAACGACUGAAGCAGAAAUCGAAGGAGAGGAGUUAACACCGCCGGAAUUGACGGUAAAUUUGAUGAAGCACCAACGGCAAGGGCUACAUUGGUUGCUGCAGGUCGAAAAAUCUAGCAAGAAAGGUGGGCUUUUAGCUGAUGAUAUGGGUCUCGGAAAAACAGUCCAAGCUAUUGCGUUAAUGAUCGCUAACAGGUCGAGUGAUGAAAAUUGUAAAACCAACGUGAUUGUAGCUCCCGUCGCUGUUUUGAGAGUUUGGGAGGCUGAAGUCAGAACCAAAGUUAAUAAAAAUACUAAACUUAAGGUUCUCAUCUUCGGCGGGAGCGGCGGUGCCAAGGUGCAAACUUAUCGCAGCUUGCUGAGAUACGACGUCGUGUUGGUCUCGUAUCAAACUCUAGCAAGCGAACUGAAGAAACACUGGCCAGCUAGACUUACACAAGAAUCAGAAGAACCAACGGUAGUAGAUGUUCCUGAUAUCAAAGCCAUCAACUCGCUCAAAGAGCGAAACGAAUAUUGGUCACCUUUUUUCUGUGACCAGUCCAUUUUCUACAGAAUCAUCUUGGAUGAAGCCCAAAAUAUCAAGAAUAAAAAGACACAGUCCUCGAAAGCUUGCUGUGCAUUGUUUUCGACUUAUCGAUGGGCUUUGUCGGGUACCCCUGUGCAAAACAAUAUCAUGGAACUUUACUCGCUGAUAAGGUUCUUAAGAAUAUCACCUUACAAUAGAGAGCAAAGAUUCAGGAUGGACAUAGGGAACCCUUUGGGGCGCGUUUCCAACGAUUACGAUAGUCACGACCGUAAGCAAGCCACUAAAAAAGUACAAGUACUGUUACGAGCGGUUAUGUUACGAAGAACCAAAGAUUCUCAAAUCGACGGUAAACCUAUCCUUGAGCUUCCAGAGAAGAUCAUUAAUAAUGAGGAACAGACUCUUGAAGGCGAGGAGUUGACUUUCUACACGGAUCUUGAGCAGAAAAACCAGAAAAAGGCGGAAAAAUUAAUGAAUAACAGAAGCAAGGGAAACUAUUCAAGCAUUCUAACUUUGUUGCUGAGACUGCGUCAAGCUUGCUGUCACUCAGAACUCGUCAUUAUGGGAGAACACAAAAGUGAGACUUCUAAAGUGGCCAAUGGAAAGAAUUUCGAAAAUGAUUGGCUGCGUCUAUUUGAGCUGGCCCGACGCAUGCCUGGUAUUGGUAAGAGCGCAGUGAUCGAAGGUCUGGAAAACAUGACGUGCCCUUACUGCAUGGAACAAAUGGAAUUAGAUUCUGCAGUAGUUAUCACCCCAUGUGGUCAUAUGCUUUGCGAUGGUUGUGCAGACCAGUAUUUCGAAGAUAUCCGUUCUCAGGGAAAUACAAGGAAGAUUGUCAACAGCGGCUACGCAGUGCCUUGUCUGGUGUGCAAUAGAAUUGUUGACGACAACGCAGUGGUCACAUAUAAGCUGUACGAUCAAGCGGUGAACCAGAACCUGUCCGUUCAAGGACUGAAGGAGGAGUAUGAGGUGGAGAUGAGGGCUCAGAGAGACCGACUCAAGAAGGGCUAUCAAGUGAAGCUCGAUUCUCUACAACCGUCCGUCAAGAUUUUACAGUGUUUGGAUAUUGUUCGGAAAGUGCUGGAUUCUUCUGAACAAGAAAAAGUGAUAGUGUUCUCUCAAUUCACUACGUUUUUUGAUAUACUUCAACACUUCAUUCGUAAGGAACUGGGCAUUCCUCAUCUAAGGUACGAUGGAUCCAUGAACGCACAAGCACGCGCUAGCACCAUUGAGGAAUUUUACAAAAAUCCUAACCGAAGAAUAUUGCUAAUAUCAAUGAAAGCAGGAAAUUCAGGACUAACGCUAACUUGUGCAAACCAUGUCAUCUUGGUUGAUCCAUUCUGGAAUCCCUUUGUGGAAGAGCAAGCAAUGGACCGAUGCUAUAGAAUUAGUCAAACCAGAGCUGUGCAGGUUCACAAGCUUUUGGUCAAAAAUUCGGUCGAAGAUAGAAUUCUGGAGCUGCAAAGGAAAAAGAGAGAACUUGUAGAAAGCGCAAUGAGUCCGGACAAGAUCCAGGAAGUGAACAGUUUGGGACGUCGUGAGCUCGGAUUUUUGUUCGGACUCAACACGCUCUAG